AUGCAAAGGAGUAGAGGGACCACGGCUCUCAGCAAGAGCAAGUUCUUCCUUCUUCCAAAUUAUCGGAGGUUUCAGUUGAUGAGAUUCACCGUGGAGGAAAUCAAUAACUCCACCAGUCUGCUGCCAAAUGUAACGCUCGGCUAUGAGAUAUUUGACCAUUGCGCAGACACGCUGAGUUUUGCAGGUGUUUUUAAGCUCAUAUCAGUAAACGAUUUGAUUCGUCCUUGGGAUGAACCGUCCAAGAACCUGUCCAAAGUGAUUGCAGUUGUCGGUCCAUUCACAAGCACCCAGACCCUAACUAUUGCCCCACUUUUUAUGGCGAAUCUCAUUCCCAUGGUCAGCUAUGGCGCUACUGGCUCCAUCUUUUCAGAAAAAUCAAAAUACCCCUCUUUCUUGCGAACGGUGCAUCCCAACGAAAACACAGUGAAUGUGAUUGCUAACAUUAUCGAACACUUCGGCUGGCGCUGGGUUGCUUUCCUGAACAGUGAUAACGAUUUUGGCGUCGACGGCCUGGAACUGUUCAUCAAGAGGAUCAAACUCACAGAAAUCUGUCUGGCCUACAACAAGGCCRUCAAUGAAAAUACCAAUUUCUCCCAAAUGUUCAGGCAGAUAGAGGAGCAGAAAAUAAACGUCAUUGUACUUUUUGCUCCUAAAGUGUAUGCAGAAGCUGUCAUUAAGGCAGCSAUUGAACUGAACGUCACCAAAGUGUGGUUAGCAGACGAUGGCUGGUCUUUAAACAAACAUCUUCCGAAACUGCAGGGGAUCAAAAGUGUUGGAACUGUGCUCGGCGUGGCUCAGCCUGUAAUAACRAUACCAGGUUUCAAUGAUUUUAUCUAUUCUACUAAAAGUCAGGCUCCUUGUGCAAAUGCAGCCCAACAGACCUUUUGUAAUCAGUUUUGUAACUGCAGCGAUGUGCUUGUUGAGGACAUUGUUGCUGUAGAUCCAUCCUUUUCCUUUGCAGUGUAUUCUGCAGUAUACGCCAUUGCUCAAGCCUUACACAACACYUUAGAGUGUGAAGCUGGCGGAUGUGAUAACAACACUACAGUGCACCCAUAUAUUGUUCUACAAGAGCUCAAGAAGUCCAAUUUGACCCUGUUGAACCAGACUGUUCAGUUUGAUGAGAAUGGAGAUCCCUACUUUGGAUCAUUCUCUAUCGUCUUUUGGAACCAGAGUAGUGAGGCACAGGAAGUCGGCUUUCAUAAUAUUUACCCAUCUGAGUAUUUCUACAUCAACAACUCCCAAAUUCAGUGGCACACGGGUGAUGUGCCGACUGCAUUGUGCUCCUCAGAAUGCGAAGAAGGAUUUGCGAAAAAACAAAUWGGAAUCCACAAAUGCUGCUUCAAUUGUGAAAUCUGUCCAGUUGAAACUUAUGUAAACAAGACAGAAAACUCCUUUAAGUGCAAAGCCUGUAAGGACACAGAGUGGUCUGCAGAAGGAAGUACAUCAUGCAACCUGCGGCUGGUGGAGUUCAUCYCGUUCACAGACAGUGGAGCUGUGGUGAUCAUGGUCUUGGCUUGUGUUUUAGUGGGUCAGACUCUGGCUGUGUCUGUUCUCUUUGCCAUCAACUACAACACACCUGUAGUCAGAUCUGCAGGAGGACUGAUGUGCUUCUUAAUCUUAGUCUGUCUCAGUUUGUCCACCCUUAGCGUGUUCUUCUAUUUUGGAAAGCCCACGGUCGUUUCCUGUUUUUUACGGUACAUCCCUUUUCUGUUGUUCUACACGGUUUGCCUGGCGUGUUUCGUCGUGCGCUCCUUUCAGAUUGUUUGCAUUUUCAAAAUUGCGGCCAAGUUCCCCAAACUCCAAACCUGGUGGACACGAUACCACGGCCAAUGGCUGCUCAUCGCUGGAGCGUUUGCCACUCAGGCCCUGUUACUUAUUAUCAGCUUGUCCACUAAACCUCCCAGACCCUACAACGAGACGUCAUGGUACCAAGAGCAAAUUGUACUCAGCUGUGACUUGAAUAUCGAAGCAACAUCUUGUUCCCUUGUUUUGCUUGUAUCAUUGUGCUGCCUUUGUUUUAUUUUCUCCUACAUGGGCAAAGACCUGCCAAAGAACUACAAUGAGGCUAAAGUGAUCACUUUCUGCCUCCUGCUGCUGAUCCUCACCUGGAUUCUGUUUUCUACCGUUUAUUUGCUUUAUCGUGGAAAGUUCAUCCAAACUCUCAACGCUCUGGCCGUUCUCUCGAGUCUCUACUCCUUUCUGUUGUGGUAUUUCCUCCCAAAAUGUUACAUCAUCAUAUUUCAACCCCACAAAAACACRCAACAGUAUUUUCAGGGUCUUAUUCAAAAUUACACUAAAACAAUCAGCCAGUAG